AUGUCCAUUGGUGUUCCCAUAAAAGUCCUUCAUGAAGCUGAAGGUCAUAUUGUCACUUGUGAAACCAUCACUGGUGAGGUGUAUCGUGGCAAAUUGGUUGAAGCUGAAGAUAACAUGAACUGCACUUUCAGUGCUAUCACAGUGACACAUCGUGAUGGAAGGCAAUCCCAGCUGGAGACUGUUUACAUUCGUGGCUCCAAAAUCAAGUUCCUUAUUCUACCUGAUAUGUUGAAGAAUGCUCCCAUGUUCAAGAACCAAGGUCCAGGUGCAAAACGGGGUGGUGGAGGAAUGGCAGCUAGAGGGAAAUCUGCCAUUCUGCGAGCACAGGCUGCUCGAGGUGGGCGUGGUCGUGGAGGGCCAGGAAUGCGGGGUGGCUUCCGUGGUCGUGGUGGUGGCGGUGGCGAUCGUGGUGGCGGCGGUGACCGUGGUGGAGGUGGUGGAGGACCUUGGGGUCCAAGGCGAUAA